UAAAAGGGUGUGUUGGCACUGUUGUAGUGUUGAAGAGUCAGAGGCGACUGCAGGACACAAACCAGCUUUGCUACAUAGUUCAGUCAGGUCCUACGUCUGUGGAGAUGCAGCCCAGCAGCAACAGCAGCAGUGAGAAAUCAGAGUUGCAGCAGCUGUGGAGAGGUUGGAGCACAAUGGUGAAGCACUAUUAUGAUGACCCCAAGGUAGCACAUCUGAUGAAGACAAGAAUCGGGCAGUACCUCAGCACCCACCCUGUCUUCGCUCUGACAGUGCUGCUGUUUGGCGCCAUGGCCGCACUGCCUGUCGGGCUUUUCCUUUCUUUUGCUCUUGUGACCUUUAUAAUGGCAGCAGUAGGUUUUGUUUUCUUUGAAGGGUUCCUCUUGUUUAUAGGAGGGGUUACUCUGCUGUGCGUGCUCACCGGCAUCGCCUUCUUCUCUGUCAUGGCUUCAUUCAUCUUCAGUGCCCUUUAUAUCAUCAUCACCAACAUCUUUCACCGCUAUUACCCACAUCUGAAAAAGCAAAGGAAAGUCCAGGAGACGGAGAGUGAAUCUGACACUUCAGAAACGAAAGACACGCAGUAGCUCAAUUCUUCUUCUCUCUCGAUUGUCAGCUCUCAGGUGAAAGAAUCGCCAAGGGUACGAACGCCUUAAAUCAGCACUACUGAAGAGACCCUUGAAUGUACUAUGUGUAACAGAUUUCCUAAGCACAAAGAUUCCCUGAUUGUUACUGUGUGUCUACAGCCUAAAUAUUAUGGCUGAAUAUUUUUCUAUAAUGCCUGAUUGUAACUAUCUCUAUGUUUAAUAUAAGUUUAAAAUAUCUUUGACAGCCAAAGCAUGGAAUAACUAAUCUUUGAACUGCCUUACUAGUUAAAGCUAUAGUGCGUAACUUCUGUCGCCUCCCAGCGGAUAAUAAGUUAUUACAACUAAUAAGCCGGCGGCACUUCCAUGUACACAGAGUAACACUCGUCAGUCGCCACACACCAUGUACACAGAGUAACACUCGCUACACACCGUGUACACAGUGCUACACAACGUGGCGAACACCAGGCUGCUAACAUUGCAUAACGUUCAUAGCACCAUUUCCAAGAAAAUAAUAAAGUACUAGGUCCAGUACAUGUAACAGCAACUCAUACUACUCAUAGUAUAAUUAUAAAGCAAGUCACGUACUUAUCCAACAGCAGCAAGGCAACAUCCGUGUCUGCCCUCAGCCCAAUUUCUUCCUUCAGGGCUCUCCACCGAGGAAAAGCAACGCCAAUACAAAUCCUUGUUUGCCUUCUCCGUCGGUCACUUUCCUUCUUUACUAAUAGACCUUCAGCAGAACGUCCAGGCUUUUUCUUUGUGGUAGGAUCCACUUCUGAACCGUGUCUCGGCCGCUUCUUUGUUGCUUUCUCUUUCUACCUUUUCUACCUCUUGCUGUGACACUCUCCGCUCUUCCUCCCCCUCCCUUCUUGUUGUGAGGAAGCAUUUCCUGUGCGCCAGCGCGGGAAUGUCGCCGGUCGACACGCAUACUAAAAAUGAUAUAUAUUGAAAAAUACCGCGAGAUGUUAGAGGAGCCGAUCGGCUUAAUCAGCAUUGUGUCAUCUCCUCUAGUAGUGGCUUGGGUAAAACGGACAUUUACGGACCUGUAGAAGUUACACACUAUAGCUUUAAAUACAGGAGGCUUAUUUUAGUCUCAUCUGUAUAUUCUUUGCACUAUGCACAUAUCUUGAACUGACGGCUCAUUUCAAGAGAAAAAUGCUGGCUCGUGACUGAACACUGUGCACUAUUCUAGUUUCCACAUUAUGAUUUAUAAAUGCAUGUGUAUGUUGUGUAUGUCUGCAGAUAUCUGAUGCACGUGCAAAUGAGGCGAGAAAAGCACUACAAAGUACUGUUACUUUUAUGUUUGCUGUUACCUUUAAAUGAGCUCUAUACGACAUGCUGAACACUAAUACAGCAGCAAAUAUCUAUUUGCUAUGUAAAGAUGUAGUGGAGUGAUGGCAUCCUGAGCAGAGAAUAAAGCCCAGCUGAAAAAAUAUGGAAAUGAGUUCUUCUGCACUUUCGGUUCCCUCGUCCAUAAAUCAAUGGGUUUUUAGUUAGGUGCCCUAAAUAAGGUCUGUGGUAAACUCAAGCUUAAAGGAGAUUUUCAAGUUUUAUUCUAUGACAUAAAAUAUGUCAGUAAAUACCCUACUUACAAUGAGUUAGCAUUUUAGCACUCCCGCUUUCUCGUCCAAAGGUCAAUGGAUUUUUGUUUAGAUGCCUGAAAUAAGAUCAGUGGUUACCACAAGCUUAACAGAUUUUCAUGUUUUAUUCUAUGACAUAAAAUACGUCAGUAAAUACCCUACUUGUGAAUUUUUAAAUGUAGGAACUGUAAACCUAAACCUAAACUAAAUGCUAACACUAGCAUGUCAACAUGUUCACAAUGACACUGCUAACAUGCUGUUGUUAAGAAUGUGUGAUGUCUGGCAUGUUGGAAUUUUAACAUUCACCUAAACAGUGCCCCAGGAAGAAGUCCUAAAACCUGGAGAUGAGUCAGCAUUUUAACACUCCCACUUUCUUGUCAGAAAUGAGUUAGCAUUUUAGCACUCACGCUUUCUCAUCUAAAGGUCAAUGGAUUUUUGGUUAGAUGCCUGAAACAAGGUCAGUGGUUACCACAAGCUUUAGAGAUUUUCAUGUUUUGUUCUAUGACAUAAAAUACGUCAGUAAAUACCCCACUCGUAAAUUUUUGAAUGUAUAGGAACUGUGAAGCUAAACCUAAGCUAAAUGCUAACACUAGCAUGUCAACAUGUUCACAAUGACACUGCUAACAUGCUGUUGUUAAGAAUGUGUGAUGUCUGGUAUGUUGGCAUUUUAACAUUCACCUAAACAGUGCCCCAGGAAGAAGUCCUAAAACCUGGAGAUGAGUCAGCAUUUUAGCACUCCCGCUUUCUUGUCUAAAGGUCAAUGGAAUUUUGGUUAGAUCCCUGAAAUAAGGUGUAUGGUUACCACAAGCUUAAGAGAUUUUCACAUUUUGUUCUAUGACAUAAAAUACAUCCGUAAAUACCCCACUUGUGAAUUUUUGAAUGUAGGAACUGUGAAGCUAAACCUAAGCUAAAUGCUAUCACUAGCAUGUUAACAUCUUCACAAUGACAGUGCUAACAUGCUGUUGUUAAGAGGGUGUGAUGUUUGGCAUGUUCAACAUUUAAGUUUAGCAUGUUGGCAUUUUAACGUUUGCUAGUACUGUGCCCCAGGAAGAAGUCCUAAAACCCAGAAAUGAGUUAGCAUUUUAGCACUCCCGCUUUCUCGUCUAAAGGUCAAUGGAUUUUUGGUUAGAUGCCUGAAAUAAGGUCUAUGGUUACCACAAGCUUAAGAGACUUUCACGUCUUGUUCUACGACAUAAAAUACGUGAUUUUUUAAGCUUUUAUGUGUCUUUAAAAAGGCGGUUGCUAGUAAGUGGCUAAAUGAGACUACAAAACAACAUCACGCUGAACACUGCUUUACAGCCUUGUUGCACUGACAACGUUGAAGUCAUGCGACUGUGGUGUUGUUCGUUUAUAGCCUAACGUUAGCUUUUUACUUCUGCUGUUUGCAUGUAAGCAUCAAAAAAUCAAGUCAGUGAAAAUUUUGCCACACAAGUUGCUGAGUUGGCGUCAUAUACCCAGAAACAUGGCAGAUGAAAGUAAAUGUUUGUUUGAUGGUAUUAACUUUAUAUUAACUCACGUAUUGCAGGUCAAUUUUUUGCUCACAUGUAAUUUUUAAUAUGGUAUUAGGUUGUAACUGCUAUUUGCUGUCCAUAUCCACGCUUAAUGUUUAAAUGCUCUGAGCAAAAAAAUACAACACAUUGUCUUUGUAGUGUCCGUGUUGUUUCCACAUUACAACUUGUAGGUCAUGAACACACUUCCCAAAGACUUUCAAACUUAGGACGUGGGACAAUCUAAGGAGCACGUGAAUGCUCUGAAUAUCGUAUGGAGCUCCUUUAAAAGUGCUGUACGUUUUUUCAAAUGCUCAUCUGGAUUAAUAUUUGCUCUGGUCUUCUGUCCAAACAGAUGGAGAAAAUGUUAUGGUCUUUGAAAUAAAUGGAUCCAAAACAUUGUAUUGUUGGUGACAGCUUAUGUGGUAAAACUGAAGUCUGAUUUAUCAAUGUGAUUUAACGACUAUACAUUUUUCCUCAAGAGAGAAUAUCCUCAUGUAUUUCAAAGAACUUGAGAUAAGUUUGGGAACAAACGGUUUCAGUAUGUAUUUUGGUUGGAAUAAUCUUUAUUAGAAUAA